AGCAGUCAAAGCUGUGCGUGUGUUUGCUCGUGUCACUCUUGACCUGAGACGGCAGCAUGAGGACGAGUCUGGUCCUGCUGGCGUGUGUGGGCUUUGUUCAGAGUCUGGGGAGGGUACCAUUAAGUCGCUUGCCCUCAGUUCGUAGUCGACUUCGAGCCGCUAACCAGCUGGAUGAGUUCCUGCGCGAGCACCAACCAGAUGUCUUCUCCCGGCGUUAUGCCCAGUGUUACCCGGCCGCACAACACUACCUUCGUAUGGAUGGCAGAUCCACAGAGAGACUCUACAACUUCAUGGACGCACAGUUCUUCGGUCAGAUCAGUCUGGGCAAACCAGAGCAGAAUUUCACAGUGGUGUUUGAUACGGGCUCCACUGACCUCUGGGUCCCAUCAUCUUACUGCGUCAGCCAAGCAUGCGCGAUGCACCACAAGUUCAAGGCCUUUGAAUCGAGCACGUAUGCGCAUGAUGGACGAGUUUUUGGCAUCCAUUACGGCUCUGGGCACCUGCUGGGAGUGAUGGCCAGAGAAGAAUUAAAGGUGGGCUCUGUGACGGUUCAGAAUCAGGUGUUUGGAGAGGCUGUAUAUGAGCCCGGUUUUACCUUUGUGCUGGCUCAGUUUGAUGGGGUUCUGGGUCUGGGUUUCCCUCAGCUGGCAGAGGAGCUGGGCUCUCCUGUGUUUGACAGUAUGAUAGAGCAGGGCUUGCUGGAUGAACCCGUCUUCUCCUUCUAUCUCAAGAACAAUGGCUCUAGCUUUGGAGGGGAGCUGCUGUUUGGAGGUGUGGAUGAAACCCGGUUUGUUUCUCCCAUCAACUGGGUUCCCGUCACUCAGAAGGGAUACUGGCAGAUCAGAUUAGAUGUUGUGAAGGUUCAGGGAGCCCUGAGUUUCUGCUAUCGUAGUACUCAAGGCUGUCAAGCUGUAGUGGACACAGGAACUUCUCUAAUCGGCGGCCCAGCCAGAGAUGUCCUGCUCCUCCAGCAGUUUAUUGGAGCAACACCCACCGCUGUUGGAGAGUAUCUUGUAGACUGUGUCAGGAUCAGCAGCCUUCCUGUAGUGUCCUUCCUGAUCAAUAAUGUGGAGUAUUCUCUCACUGGAGAACAAUAUAUCAGGAGGGAGACGUUGAACGAUAAGGAGAUCUGCUUCAGUGGCUUUCAGUCCAUAGAUGUCCCGUCUCCAGUUGGACCCGUCUGGAUUCUAGGAGACGUUUUCCUCUCUCAGUUUUACAGCAUCUAUGACAGAGGUCAUAAUCGGGUGGGAUUGGCUCAUCUCUCAGAAAAGUCAAAAAUCUCUGUAUAGACCACAUCUCAUCUCUGAAUGUGCUGCUGGAUGCAGAAGAACCUAAUGAGUGUUUGACGUGCCUCUAUUAAAUCAUUACACUUCAUAAUUUACUGCCUUUGCUCUGUUCAGUCUGAUAAUAAUUUGUGUUCAUUACAGCACUGAGAGCAGCAGAGAGAUGUUCGUAUCUGACUGAGCUGAGAUGACAGACAAAGCAGACUGUAUUCUCCACAAUACACUAAAUGCACUAAAUCAAGUAUAUAUAUAUUAGCUUUCAUUCAUUCAUUCAUUAGGGC